AAAAAUCAAGGCUGCCAUUGUAUACGCCAAGCAGUCGAAGAUAAGAUAACUCCUUUAGUUCAGAGUACGAAGUUCAAUGAGAUGUUCGUUAUGCCGAAACGUAAGCUUCGUGGACAACUUAUGAUAGAACAAGCAACCGGCCGGGCUAGUGUACCUGAACGUAGCCGUCCUGAUAUCCAUGACCGUCUUGCAGUGCGCAGACCAAGGAGUGAGGAAAUGACUGUUGAUCAAGAUUGGACCGCAGUUUGGCCAGCCGCAAGGUCGUUUGCUUCAUCAGUGGUACCGCUCCCAAUUCGAAUGGGAUCUCGUCCUGACCCUGAGAAAAGGGCGCCUUUUAAAAAGCAAGGUAAUCUUGAGUUAGUAAAGAUACCCAAUUUUCUUCAUCUUACUCCUGCUGCUAUUGAAAAACAUUGCAAUGCAAUCCGAAAAUUUUGCACGGAGUUUCCAGUGGAGCUAAUCAAGGACGAAAACUUAGCAGAUUCCGAAUUUCCUUUAAGGAUCAGCUAUAAUAGUUAUGUCCAUCAAGGGACUAACAUAAGGGAUAACCGCGCUCGUGUUAUCACCUUGCAGGUCAAACUCUCGGCGCUACAAUUAUCAGAUUUCUCCAGAGAUAAACUUAUCCGUCUUGCCUCCAGUCGAUACGAUGAAAAGACAGAUACACUUACUGUUAUUACUGAUAGGUGCCAUACACGCAAACAGAAUCUGGAUUAUGCGUUCUACUUGCUCACAGCAAUAUACCACGAAGCUAAUAAAGUAGAACCAUGGGAAUCACUGAAGCAACGUGAAGAUAAUCUUAAGGUUGAGUUCGAGGGUUCAGCGACUCAAGCGAAAUUAUUCUCUCUUCUGAAGCAAGUGGCCUCUCAUAACAAAUUUGUGGGUCAUACUUUCUUCUCGAUCAUGCUUAACGAGGUAUUCUUUGCAAAUUCGGUUUGGGAAAAAUGUUGUGCAACCUUUUACCAUUUAAGCCACUCUGCUGAAAGACAUCUGUUGUCAUGUAGGGUUCAAUUUCCAUCAUGA